AUGGAGGUGGACAAGCAUGUCCACACCUUAACUGAGAGCUUCGAGCCCUUUGCACCCAAAGCUCACCCUGGUGAUCAGUUACUGGACCGCUUUGCAGACCGUCUCCACUUUGACGAGCGUGACCCUACUCAGGAUAGGCGACCAUAUCUCGACGAGCUCAUCGCGAAAGUGAGGGCCGAUCCUUUAACAGUACUGGCUGCAACUGAUGGCUCUGUCCCUCAGUCCAACCAUGUCACCGCCCCUGAUGCGGAACUCAACGCCAUCACGUGUGCAGUGCACCUUGCCGUCAAGCAGGCAGACUGCCAACAUAUCAUGGUCUUCACUGACUCCAUGGGCUCGGCCCACAGGGCAGUAGACCCCUCUGUACAUUCUGGCCAGGCUUUUAGUCUGUCAGCCUGUCAUGCUCUCCAGGCGUGGUUCAAGGCGGACAAUCUCUGCCGCAUGACUCACUAUGUCUCUGGCAGAGUUACUGCCCCAGAUGCGGAACUCAAUGCCAUCUUGUGUGCAGUACGCCUUGCCGUCAAGCAGGCAAACUGUCAACAUAUUAUGGUCUUUACUGACUCUAUGGGCUCAGCCCAUAGAGCGGUCGACCCCUCUUCUGUCAGUCUCCAAGAGUGGUUCAAAGCGGAUGACCUCCGCUGCAUCACCUUUGUCUACGUUCCAUCUGCUCUGCGGUGGGAUAUCCAUGGUGAGGCACACAAAUAUGUCACUGAACUUAAAGUCAGGGUUGGACAUUGCAAGAUGGACAACUCUAUCGACGUGCUCCGCUCCAAAGCUGUGCACUCAGUCCUGGAUUCGUGGAGCUCCACUUUCCAGGAUCCAACUUACCGAGGCUCUGAAUUUUUAGAGCUUCAACAGCCUGACGGGCGGCUGCUACAGCCAUCGUACCUCAAUGGGGGACCUUGGCUUUCAACAUUCGGACACAGUAUUACUGAAUUUGCUCGUGUCUGCUGGUGUAUAACUGGCCACACGCCCAUUGGAGUGUAUUACCGUCACUUCAAGAUCAAUGAGCCUCAUGGCUGCACUUGCGGGGCUGCUUUGCAGUCCUGCCAGCAUGUCCUCUUUCACUGCCACAAUUGA